GGAGGAGCGAACUGAACAAAAAACCGUCAAUACAAAACCUAAAUUGCAAAUCUAAAAUUGGGCAUGUGCAAUUAUGGAAGGGAAGGGCAAACUCACCAAGCAAAAUGGAUGCGAAGACCUAAAACACAAAGGAUAAUGAUAUCACAGAAGCUAAAACGAAAAUGAAAAUAAAGGGAAAUAGAAAAUGACCCAUUUAACCCUUUUAACUCUGCCGCUGCCCGUGACACUUCAGCACUGUCAAAUGAAUGGAGGGCUCAAACCCUGUGUCAACGUACCGUACUCCAUGGAGGAAUGAGUAGGGCACACUCGCACCAAAGUAAACCACCUGAUUCAUCGAUUUUAGAAGGGGGAAAUGUUUUCAGCUAUGUAAUACUGAGAAAACACCUUCAACAUGGUUCCUCUUAGUCUCUCGUCACAACAAUUAUUUUCAAAUCUUCGUUUCAUUUCCGUCUCCACCUUCAAUCCUUAUCUUAGAUUCUUUGGAUUCAGGUACAUUUGUUCUGACUACCCAGAAUCUCAAAACGCAAGACUCAGAUCACGAAAUGAAAGUAAAACGGCCAAAACCAUGGCCAAUCUUAUCAAUUCCAAACCAUGGUCAAACGCGUUGGUCUCGUUUCUGCCCACCCCUCUCUCCAAAACGACGGUGCUCCGAACCCUUCGCCUCAUCAGGGACCCUUCCAAAGCCCUUCGCUUUUUCAAGUGGGCUCAGCAAAGUGGUUUUUCCCACACAGCUCAGUCUUACUUCAUCUUGCUACAAAUUCUGGGUCGCCAUAGGAACCUCAACGUUGCCCGAAACUUGCUUUUUUCAAUCGAGAAAAAGUCUAACGGAACCGUCAAGCUUGAAGACAGGUUCUUCAAUACCCUCAUCAGAAGCUACGCCGAAGCAGGCCUCUUCAAAGAGUCCUUGAAGCUUUUUCAGACCAUGAAGUCCGUUGCUGUUUCCCCCUCCGUGGUUACCUUCAACUCUGUUUUGUCUAUUUUGCUUAAAAGGGGUCGCACCAAUAUGGCCAAAGAGGUGUAUGAUGAAAUGCUUCACACGUAUGGUGUUAGUCCAGACACUUGUACAUACAAUGUUUUGAUCAGAGGGCUUUGCAAAAACUCAAUGGUCGAUGAAGGGUUUCGGUUCUUUAAAGAGAUGGCUAGUUUUAAUUGUGACCCGGAUGUUGUCACGUAUAACACUCUUGUUGAUGGUUUAUGUAGAGCAGGGAAGGUUAGAAUUGCUCGGAAUUUAGUAAAUGCUAUGAGCAAGAAAUGUGAGGGUUUGAAUCCUAAUGUUGUUACUUAUACCACUUUGAUCCGAGGGUAUUGUAUGAAGCAAGAAGUUGAUGAGGCAUUGGUAGUUCUUGAAGAGAUGAGUGGCCGGGGCAUUGAGCCGAACAUGGUUACCUAUAAUACUUUGAUAAAAGGGCUCUGUGAGGUACACAAGUUGGACAAGAUGAAAGAUGUUUUGGAAUUGAUGAAAGACAAUGGGGGUUUUAGCCCUGAUACAUUUACCUUUAAUACAAUUAUUCAUUCGCAUUGCUGUGCAGGAAAUUUGGAUGAAGCAUUGAAGGUGUUUGAAAGUAUGAAGAAAUUUCAGAUCCGCAUGGAUUCAGCCUCGUACAGCCCUCUGAUACGUUGUUUGUGUCAGAAAGGGGACUAUGAUAUGGCAGAGGUGUUAUUUGAUGAGUUAUUUGAGAAGGAAAUCCUAUUGAGUAAUUUUGGCUCCAAACCACUUGCUGCUUCUUAUAGUCCUCUUAUUCAGUAUUUGUGUGAACAUGGGAAGAGUAAGAAGGCCGAGAGGGUGAUGAGACAGUUAAUGAAAAGGGGCACACAAGAUGGCCAAUUAUACAACACAUUGAUUAUGGGGCAUUGUAAAGAAGGUACAUACGAAAGUGGAUAUGAGCUUUUAGUGUGGAUGCUGAGAAGAGACUUUCUACCUGAUGUUCAUAUAUAUGAUUCCUUGAUUGAUGGUUUUCUUUUAAAGAAUAAGCCUCUGCUUGCAAAGGAGACACUAGAGAAAAUGCUUAAGAGCUCCUAUCAACCUAAAACAGCCACCUGGCAUUCCAUACUAGCAAAACUGUUGGAAAAGGGUUGUGCUCAUGAGUCUGCCUGUGUUAUUUUGAUGAUGCUGGAGAAAAAUGUUAGACAGAAUAUAAACCUGUCAACUGAAAGUUUAAAGCUACUUUUUAGAUGUGGACAGCAGGAAAGAGCAUUUGAAAUUAUUGAUUUGCUUUAUAAGAAUGGAUACCGUGUUACAAUAGAAGAAGUGGUUCAAUUUCUUUUUGAGAGAGGAAAGCUAUCAGAAGCAUGCAAAAUGUUGUUUUUUAGUUUUAAAAAUCAUCAGAAUGUCAAUAUUGAUUUGUGUAAUGCAAUUGUUCUGAAUCUUUGUAAAACUAACAAGGUCUCAGAAGCAUUUAAUUUAUGCUAUGAAUUGGUGGAGAAAGGUUUAUGUCAGGAAUUGACAUGUCUAAAUGAUCUACUGGCUGCUUUAGAGGAAGGGGGAAGAAGAGAAGAAGCUAUAUUUAUAUCAAAGAGAUUACCAAGACUGGAGAAAUUAGAUGAAUCUAAAGGAAAUCAUGGCUCUAAGAAGUUCAGGCCUAUUAAAGUGUGAACCGCGUUUCUUGCUCUUUCAAUAUUCUGUUUUCAUCUUUUCUGCUUUGACGGUUGAAAGUUAAAAUCAUCAGCUUCUACAGCUUGAAGAUGAUCUCUAUCUGACAAAGUGCAAUACUUUGAUGUGUCAUAUAGUGGUAUUAAAGAUCACCGACCUUGUGCUGCAGUAGCCAGUAAGCAAACCAGAAGGUGAUACUGGAAGCCAUCCUUGGAAAUAUGGCCAGUCUUUUACCUUAAA